ACCAUGGCAUACCAUAAUAUCAUUCCAUGCAUGUAAUUUGCUAAUCUCGCAUUGUUUGUUGGCGUGCGUUGUUGUUGUUGUUCGAUUGUAUUAUGCGAAAUACCCAAAUGCCAUCUCUCUCUUCUUCACUCCUUUGAAAACCUCUCCUUCUUCUGCACGCCGCCUCUCUUUUUUCUCUUCCUCUACCACUUCCACUCCAUCCGCAUUCCCUUCUGCUUUUGGUGCUCUAUCUUUUGCGCCCACGCCCAGCCAUGGCCUCGUCGUCUUCUCUCUAAUGCGGCGUCUUCUGUCACUGGUGGAGCCUGCUCUGUUUGGCAGAUUGGUUUCUUAUAUCUAUUGUGAUUCAUAAAAUGGAGGAAAGAGGAAGAUACAUGGAAUUUGAUGAAUUUGAGAGGCUACUAGGUGAGAUACCAAAUGUUACUUCUGCGAAACCACAUUCUGAGGAAUCUGGACCAAAGAUGGUGUCUUUGGAGGGAAGCGUGUCUCCUAACUGUGUGAAUUCAUGCAAAGGGCCUAUCAGUGAGAAACUUCAAAACUAUGGGAAUUUGGAUGACCAGUCCUUGACAUCUGCCUUUGCAGGAUUAAACUUUAUUGAUGGUGUGACAGUGGGAGCUGGUAGUCCUUUGGAAAAGUCUAAAUCCUUACCCAAUCAUACCAUUUUAUUUGAUCGUCAAUAUCUAAACAGCUUAAAGAAACCAAAUUAUGUGGAAACACAAAUGACAAUUGCCUCUUCUUUCAAAUCAGCAAAAGAUGUACCUUGUGGUUUUGAUGAGUUUAGUGGCACAAAAGUUGGUCAGGAAAGUUCAAAUUUGUUAAAACUGAAUGCUGAAGAAACCAAGAAGCGGCAAGGUGACUAUUUUCAACAACUUGAAAAUUUCUCCGCUACUGUGCCAUUUGCUCCUGCAGUGCAAGGCUUCCAGUUCCUCUCUAAUGUGCCGGUCCAUGGUGUGCAAUUUCCUGCAAUGCCUGAUCAACAACAAUUCUUCUUAGAUGCACAAUCUUUGUUGCCUUAUUUUCAUCCAGAACAAAUAAACCAGCCUCAGAUCGGUUGGAGGAAUGUAGAAGAUGAACAACAUUAUAGGAUGCAUCAGCACUACCAGUACCUGCAGCAACUUCGCAGUCAGGGAUGUGAAGCUCAGCAUGCUAUUCAAGCACAUGGAAAUCUCACAGCUAGGCUGAUGAGUGAGAGCCCGAGGCAACCAUAUUUUGAGUUGCCAAUCUCUCACCAGAUUGAAAAAUCUAAACAAGAACCAGUUUGGAACAAUUAUACAAAUUAUAGGGGUUCAAACCAAUCAAAUUCUUCUAUUUCUUUCACAAAUUUUAACGCAAUGCAAAUUUUGGACAAAGUGACUAAACAAAAGUUUCCUGAAACGUUUUCGACAAGAUCACAUGGAGUGAACAUACUCAAAGAUGUGAAGUUUGGCUCUGUUGGUGGAAAUGAAUCACUAACCCAUGUCAGCCAAAAUGGGAAUUUUCUCUCAAAUCAUCACCUAUGGCAUAGCUUUUCUACUCCAAGGGCGGGAUGCUUUCAGUUAGAUAGUUUGAGAUCACGGGGUUUGUCCCAUGAAACUACAGAUCUUAAAAGUACUGAUCUGAAGUAUAACUCUGUUGAUGAAGUCACUGGAAGAAUAUAUCUCAUGGCUAAAGACCAACAUGGUUGCCGCUUCUUACAGAAAAAACUUGCUGAGGGCACCCGAAAAGAUUUUGAAAAGAUUUUUCUUGAGAUCGUCGAUUACAUUGUUGAGCUCAUGACAGAUUCUUUUGGGAAUUACCUAGUACAGAAGCUGCUUGAAAUUUGUAAUGAGGCUCAGCAGAUGCAAAUACUUCGAACAAUCACAAGAAAAUCUGGGGAACUUGUUAGGAUUUCCUGCGAUAUGCAUGGGACUAGGGCUGUUCAGAAGGUCAUUGAAACCCUUAAGACUCCAGAGCAGUUCUCCAUGGUUCUUUCCGCACUAAAGCCUGGUAUUGUGACUUUAAUAAAAAACGCGAAUGGCAACCAUGUUGCACAAUGCUGCUUGCAGUGUCUAACGCCUGAAUACAGCAAGUUCCUUACUGAAGCUGCAACUACUAAUUGUGUUGAACUUGCAACGGACCGCCAUGGCUGUUGUGUGCUUCAAAAAUGCCUUGGCCAUUGUGAGGGUGAGCAAAGACGCCGUUUAAUAUGCGAGAUUACAUCAAAUUCUCUAAUCCUCUCCCAAGAUCCAUUCGGGAAUUAUGUUGUGCAACUUGUGUUUGAGCUUCGGCUUCCAUGGGCAACAGCAGAUAUUCUUGACCGAUUGGAGGGUCACUACGCGGACUUGUCCAUGCAGAAAUUUAGCAGUCAUGUGGUUGAGAAAUGUCUCAAGUAUGCAGGUGAUGAACACCGCACUCGUCUUAUCCAAGAGCUUAUUGAGAAUCCUCGGCUAGAUCAAAUUAUGCAAGACCCUUAUGGAAAUUAUGUUAUCCAAGCAGCAUUAAGUCAGUCAAAGGGAGCUUUUCAUACUGCAUUGUUGGCUGCCAUAAAAUGUCAUGAUCCUGUGCUUCAGACAAGCCCAUAUGGGAAGAAAGUUCUCUCUAGCAGCGGUUUGAAGAAAUAAGUUUUGGGUUUAAUUGUUCAAGAAGAUCCUGUAUAUUAUGUAAUAAGCAAGUGAGGUAAAGCAAGCUGGGCUUUACGGAUUUUGAAUUUCAGAAUUUG